AUGGUUGGUAAACUCAACUUGUUGUGCGCUUUGACCGCGCUGGUCGGCACAUGUGCUUCCUCGAUGAGUGGAAUUGAACAACGAGUACGGAGAACGACAAUAAAUCCUCGAGGACUUGCGAAACGCGAAGACACAAAGCCAUCGCUCCUCUAUCCCGCGUACAACCUAUCGGUUCCGGUCGACCAUUUCCACAAUGACUCCCUCUACGAACCUCAUAGCUCUGAGUCCUUCAACCUACGAUAUUGGUUCGAUGCGACUUACUACAAACCGGGAGGUCCAGUCAUUGUGCUCCAAUCUGGAGAGACAAGCGGCGUAGGGCGGUUAGGAUUUCUGCAAAAGGGUCUUCUACAUCAAUUGGCUGUCGCAACAGGUGGUAUUGGUGUUGUGCUAGAACACCGAUACUAUGGCACCAGUAUGCCAACGCUUGAUCUUUCCACAGAGAGCCUUCGAUUCUUGACAACCGAUCAAGCAUUGGCGGAUGAGGCAUACUUUGCGAAGAACGUUGUUUUCGAGGGCUUGGAACAAUACAACCUCACAGCACCCCACACGGCGUACUUUGGAUAUGGAGGUAGUUAUGCUGGUGCGUUUGUCGCAUUCUUGCGAAAGCUGUACCCUGAUGUCUUUUGGGGUACGAUCUCUUCCAGUGGGGUUACGGAAGCUAUCUGGGAUUAUUGGGCCUAUUACGAGCCUAUUCGCGUGUACGGAGAACCAACCUGUAUCUCUUAUGCGCAAAAAAUAAUCAACAUGGUGGACAACCUCUUGAUCAAGGUUAACACCACAGAAACAACUACAGAGCUCAAGACAGCAUUCGGGUUACCUAAUGUCACUUAUGAUGAUGAUUUCGCUGCGACGCUGUCAUGGACCACGGUUGGUACUUGGCAAGGUCGAAACUGGGACCCAGAACUCAAUGACCCGUCCUUCGAUGAGUUCUGUGGAAAUAUCACAUCUGGAGUAGUCGAGUAUAGCGAAACCACUGAGCUCGUUGGCACGGUUCAGGACCUUCUGAAGAAGGGUGGUUACGAGUCCGAAGUUUCAACUCUGACGACACCUCUACUAAACUGGAUUGGAUGGAUGGGUAACACCACUAUCUCAAACUGCGAGGGUAGCCAGGAUAGAUGCUAUGGCUCUCACAACUCGACUUACUAUGCUCAAGACUCCCUUGAUGACGACUGGAGAUCUUGGCCAUACCAAUAUUGUACCCAAUGGGGUUAUUUGCAAACUGGUUCUGGAGUCCCAGCUGAUCAACUUCCUCUCAUCUCUCGUAUGGUCGAUUUAGAAUUUUCAACUAUUGUGUGCCGAGAGGCCUUCAAUAUUUCUCAGCCAGCAAAUGUCACAGCUAUCAACAAGUAUGGAGGAUUCAAUAUCUCAUACCCUCGCUUUGCUAUCGUUGAUGGCGAGCAAGAUCCAUGGCGUCCAGCCUGCCCCAGCGCUUCUCCGUUCAACUCUACGGCUGUAAACCGUACGAGCACCGUAUCUGAACCAUUCAUGCUCAUCGAGGGAGGCGUGCAUCACUGGGAUGAGAACGGUCUUUUCCCAAAUCAAACUGUGGACGUUCCACCAAAUUUCCUCCCUCCACCACCAGUGAGAGACACUCAAGCGCAUCUCAUUUCGAUUGUUCAAGAGUGGUAUCAGGAAUGGCAACAAGCAAAGAUAAAUGGAGAGCUAUAA